AUGAAGAAUAUUCAUUCCAUGUCUAUCAUCAAUUGUUAUUAUUUGUAUUACAUAAUCAAGUGUUUAAUUUCUGCACUACUUCUUUCGAUCAUCACAGCAGAUGACAGCUAUAACAACAAUAACCAGUGUAUUGUCACUGAAGAAAUACUCAUCAGUACGUUUGUAUGUGAUUUAAAUUUUCUAUUUGAAAAGUACGCGCCAAAAAAUACAUCAAGUCAUUUAAACAAUCCGAUUGUAGUGUUGAAUAUAUUGAAUGAAAAUCAACAUUUUCAAAUUAUUGAUCAGUAUAAAUUAGUCACAAAAGGACGUAUUGAUAGAGAACAGUAUGUGUAUGAAAAGUUAUGUCAAAAUGUAAAUAUUAAUAAUGAUAAUAAUAACAAUAACAACGGUGAUAAUUCAUUUAAGGAUUAUUCAUUUACUGAAGAUCUUAUUGAUGAUGAUCCAUCAUUGGUCGACUGUACAAUUAUCUUAGAAUUUGCAUUGAUUAGUCGAAAUCGUACAUUUAAACCAAUUCUGAUUAAUCUACCAGUGAAAAUUCAAGAUAUCAAUGAUAAUAUCCCACGUUUUGAUCAAUAUACAAGUGGACUAAGACUUGAAGUCAGCGAAGAUAUUUCAUCAACAAUCAGCAAAUACUACACAAUACCAUCAUUAGUGUAUCUGCCUACCCUACUAUCAUCUAUAUCCCAUUCAUCGUCGACAUCAUCGCCAACAGGCUACUGGAAAGGCAAUUCAUUUCAUGCUACUGAAAGUGCUUUGUUACAUCAGAAUAAAAAGCGUGAAUUAGCUGUCCUUCCGCUGGCUAAAGAUGUUGACUAUGGAGUGAAUGGUACUGUCGCCUACAGGUUAGAGGGUCCAGAUGCUGAAUACUUUGAACUGGUAAAUCAUACUGUCGAACCAUCGAGAACAGGUCACAGUUCACUACAUUCAACACCAAGAAAUAUCAAAUCACUGCAUUUAAUAAGUCAUUUGACCUUAGAUCGUGAACAUAAGUCAGAAUAUCGAUUAAUUCUACUAGCCUACGAUCAAUCAGAACAAUUUCAAAAUCGUCAUACAUCACAAUUACCUAUAAGUAUUCAGCUAAAAGAAGUGAAUGAAUAUCCUCCAAUAUUUAAUUUAGGUAUAAAUAUAACAACACUACAAUAUGGAUUCAAUGAUCAAUUCACAUUGAAUAGUGAUACAAAAUAUAUUGGACAUUCAAAUCGAUUUCAUCCACAAGUUCAAAUUAAAUCGUUUUCAUAUCAUUAUUCAGAAGUUGAGAAUGGUGCGCAAGGAGGAGGGGCAACAUCAGGAGGAGUUGGAGGAGGACAAGUGGCAAGCAGUGUUCAGUUAUCUGAUAUAAAUUAUUUAAUCCUUGGAAUACCAGAAGAUAUUAAUGUUGGCAGUCGAAUAUAUUGUGUACAAGCGAUAGAUAUUGAUUCAAUUGAUUUUUCAACUUUCACCAGCAAAAAUACUAAUCAAUAUCCUUAUCAAUAUCAGCAUUAUCAGGAGCAGCACCAUCAAUCAAUAAAACAUUAUCCACACAAUACUGUACAUUAUUUUAUAGCUCAAGAAACUGAUCUUGUUGUAAAGCAUUAUUUUCGUCUUGGUAAAGAAGACGGUUGGAUAACGCUGAUUCACCAGUUGGAUUAUGAAACUAGCCGACAUGCUUAUAUUCUGCCUAUAGUGGCUGUCGACUUUGGUCGUCCACAGUUGAGUAGUACCCUGACGCUUACAAUACAAGUUGUCGAUGUGAAUGAUGAGGCGCCGAGUAUAAGUAUACGUGGAAUUGAACCGACUAAUCUUGCCAAUCGUUAUUAUCAUCAGUUGCAGAAACAACAAAGUACACUAUUAGAUAAUUUUAGUCCUGGACGAUUUCAGAUAUUGAAUGUUAGAGAGAAUUCACCAGCGGGAACUUUCAUUGCAAAGGUGUCGGCCAGAGAUCGUGAUACUGGGACUGCAGGAGAAGUUGAAUGUUAUUUAAGUGAAGUAGAGAACUUCAACAGGAAGCCUUUAGGUAUCGAUCUAGCAUUCAUCUUAGAAAAAUCCAGUGGCUUGCACAACAUAGGAGUACAUUCAACUGAAGACAAGACAAUCCCUACGACAGCCGCUAUUGUAUCAAAUAACAAUAACGAACAAACCGCCCAAUCGGCAUACACCUCACAAACAUCAGCAGCAGCAUUAAAUGUACUGGGACGUCAUGAUACUGAAUACAUAUUAAUGACACGAGAAAGUUUAGAUCGUGAACUGAAAAGUACCUAUUUUAUUUAUUUAACUUGUCAUGAUCAAGUUGAUAAGUUCGAUAGCUCAUCAAUAUUCGCAAGCAGUCAGUCUCUACCAACACCAACUUCCUUAAAACGUCUUUCAUCAACAAAAUUGCUGAAAAUCAAUAUUUUAGAUGAAAAUGAUAAUGGACCACAAUUUGACAGAUUACGAUAUGAAGUGAAAAUUCUUGAAAACUCCGUUGAGAAUACAGAAUUAAUUAAAUUGAAUGCUAUCGAUAAAGAUGAGGAGAAUCAUAUAGCUUAUCGAUUUGCUCAAUCAACCGAUCAAUUUAUACAAAAUUAUACUGAUAUGGUCUUGAAUUUAAUUCAAAAAUAUUUUAAACUAGAAAGCAAAUCUGGAUCAAUUAAAACAACAAGUACACCAUUGGAUAGAGAGGCUAGAGAUACAUUUUUAAUCCCUGUGAUAGCCUAUGAUGAAGAAUAUCCGAGUAGGACAUCGCAUGCAUGGAUCAGUGUUCAGGUAGGCGAUGUCAAUGACAAUACACCGGUACUGACAGGAAAUACAACAUUUUGGAUCGAUGAAGAAGGCACAACGAUAGACCAUUUGACCACUAGUGGUAGCAGUGGUGGUAGUUCUACAAUCCCCUCCAAACACUAUCAGGGUAGUUAUCAAAUAUUUGUAGGACGUCUGACCGGUGAAGAUCAGGAUAUUGGUGAAAAUGGUCAAAUUAACUUUAAACUAGGGAUAAACAAUUCGAAUGGUCUGCAUAAUCGACCGAAAUGGAUCCUGCGUUCGGAUGGUAUGCUUUUCGUCCAAUCGACGAAAAUCCAUAACACUGCUGCCGCUGAUAAUAGGGGUGAUGACAUUCCUAGUUAUUUUUUAGAUCGUGAAACAACUCCAGUCUAUGAAAUUCCAAUAAUCGUGAGUGAUUUAGGCAAAAAUCCUACACGAUCGUCGACAGCUACAGUUACUGUCAGUCUGAGAGAUAUUAAUGACAAUUCACCUCGAUUUUUAAAACCUUCAUUGCAUAAUUUAAAUAUGAGCUCAAAUUCAAAUUUUAUUGGUAAAAACACCAGUCAAUCAUUGCUAAGCAUUCCUAAAGGUUUAAUAUCUAAUAUACCAAGUGAACGAAUCAAUAUUCUUCGCGUGGAUAAUUCAAAUCCUGGUGCAUUGAUUUAUACAGUACAGGCUAUUGAUCCAGAUGAAGGGGAUAAUGGUAAAGUUGUUUAUAAACUUGAUGUUUAUAAAGGCUACUGGCAGUUAACGCACAAUUCGAAUCAAUUAAUCAAUAAACUUGAUAGAAUUAAUCAAUCAUCAAGUGAUUAUUUUAUUAUACAUCAAAAUUCAGGUGAAAUACGUCUCAAUAAGGCAAUCAAUGUAGAUAAUUUACAAAAGCUACCAGAAUGUUUGAUUAUAUUCGCGGAAGACUGUGGAAUUCCACCGAGAAGAAAUUAUGCCUUUUUAUUUAUUGAUAUUACUACUCAUGAAGAAGGAGAAGAAGGAGGACCAGGAGGCGAAGGGAUAAAACAGACGAAAUUAAACAGUCAAUCAAUCAAUAAUAAUAAUACAGGGGAUAAUUUAAACUCACUUGAUCGAUUCAUCAAUAUCAGCCAUUCUAAUAAUAAAGAAUAUAAAGAUAAGUUAAACAGGAUUCAUUUUAGUAAUAACUUACAGUCAAAAUUAUUGACAGUUGACGGUAUCCACAUGUAUCCUCAUUCGAAUUCAUUGUCGUCUACCUCUAAAAUGAAAUAUACUCAGUCAGCCAAUACAAUACAGUCAUCCUCGUCAUCCUCACCCUCCUCCCUGUUUUCCAAGUCAAAUGAUCUCAGUGUUAACAAUGAUGACAGCGUCGAUGGAGUAAUAUCAAAUUUUCAAAUUUUAAUGAAUAAUGGUGAAUCAGAACCAGUGAGUACAUAUCAUACAAGUGCUGAAAUGAUUACAGGUUUAGGUAUUGGACUGGUGAUUAUCAUUCUAGUUUGUUUGCUACUCCUAGUAACUUAUGCUAUCCAUGGAACACAAAAUAUUCGACUGACAAGGGGUCCUACGCAGACAACGCGGACAAAAGUUAACGGUACUCUAGGGAAACAGUAUAGAAAUGUUCAGUUGAAAGGUGUAACAAAUACAGAUGGUACUGACCAGAAAAAGUGCAUUGAUCAACGAAGGAAAUGGAAACAGCUGUGUAGUGCUAUGCGUUUCUCAGUUAAUUCUAACGCAUCAAUGAAUAAUGAAAAGAUACCAGAAGAUAUUGUUGAAACAAUGAACCCGUCAAAAGUGUACAUAUUUAAUCAGAAUAAAAAUACACCGUAUGAGGUGCACAGUGCGGCAAUGCAUAUUCCAUCAUCAAAUAUCUGGGAAAGUUAUCACAGUGAUUACAAUGCUACAGAUCCACUGAAGAAAUUCAUUCAUGAGAAAAUGUUUGCCUAUCCAAAUCAAACAAUUCAGCCUAAGGGGAGUGUUUAUUAUACUCAGUUGAACAAGUUCUCACCUGUCAUCAACUCUGUUGAAAUGGGAUCAUUAUCUGGACAGAGUUGUAGCAAUGCUUCCAGUGAUCCUGUUAAUAACGGUGACCAGACGCAUAAUAAUACUCUUAUGCGAACUACUGCUAUCGUUGAUGAUAGUAAUGAUAAUAGUAAUAAUAAUAAUAAUAACAAACUCCUGCUGACAAAUAUUCCAGAUCAUGAGACAACAGCUAACCAGACGACUGAUUCGAAGUCUAAUCAUCCAGCACGUAAUUAUGCUGUCUGUGCUAAUGGUAUCAUCUCUGUAUCCGAUUAUAUGACGCUUAGUCUACACGACACACAUAAUCAUCAAUGCACUACUAAGAAUAUGACACCGACUAAUUGUCAUUUUCUAAUGAACGCCAUAAAUUUCGAUCAGUUAAACAAUAAUAAUGGUAACAAUAAUCAAUUGACACGAAAUUCCUCACCUUACAUUGAUCAUAAACACCAACAUUCUCAUGUACCGUUAAUCAAUACAGUUUGCCAACAGAAUCAUCAACACCACUAUCCGCAUAGUUGUACACCACCUGGUCAACGCUGUCAAACAAUGUCGACAAUGAGUAGAAAGUCACCAAAUUUAUUGAAACAUUGUACAUUACAUACACCAGUAGUCGAUUAUACUACUAAUAGCAAAACUGAAAUAAUAAGUAGUAUAAAGGGUAGAACACAAAUAAAAACAUCAAUGAAUGAACCUAAUAAUAAUGAUAAUAAUAAUAAGGAAGGAGAGGAGAAUGAAAAUGACGGCGGAUGUAUUCCUCAUGCGGAAGAGGAGGAGGAACACAACGAAGAGUGUUUUAAAACUUCUGCUCUAAAAUCUGGCAGUUUUGUAUAG